AUUCUUUAAGCAGUCUAUCAAAGACUGCCGACUGGCUAAGACGCGUGCAAAAUUUUGAAAAAAAGAAAGUUAAAUAGUGGAUCAUAUCGCGCGAAAAAGAAGCGAUUGCCGAAACAAAUCAAAAUGGAACACACAAAGAGUUACGUCAUUGAUACGAGUCGAACAAUAUUCCAACCAUCCGUCUUAUCAGCCGACGGAAAUGAGAUUGAAAAUAGAGAGGAAGGUGUGAUAGAGAGGAACAAGGAAAGAGCUCAAUGGAAAAACGGAAUGGAAUUUCUCAUGUCCUGUGUAGCAUUCUCUGUCGGUCUUGGGAACGUUUGGCGAUUUCCAUAUACAGCUUAUAAGAAUGGCGGCGGUGCUUUUCUCAUCCCUUAUGUAGUGGUACUCUUUGUCAUCAGCAAACCCUUUUACUACAUGGAGAUGAUUCUUGGACAAUUCACUAGCAGCUCCUGCAUUCAAAUCUGGUCCGUGUCGCCCUUAUUCCAAGGUAUCGGCUAUGGCAUAGCAAUAUCAGUAUUCUCCGUGAUUACUUAUUAUUCCGGCCUUAUGGCUUUGAUACUCUACUAUAUGGUGGCCAGUUGUCAAUCAGUACUUCCGUGGGCCUAUUGUUGGGAAGAAUGGGAUGACGCGUGCUUUAAUAGCUCGAGCGUCGGGCAAGUGAAAAACGGAAGUAUAAGUUCCGCCAAUCUGUAUUUUAGAAAAUACGUCCUUAAUGAAACGGGAAUCAAGAAUGGGCUCGGGUUACCUUCGUGGAAGCUGGUCCUGGCAUUGUUGGUCAGUUGGAUAUUCAUUUACAUCGUGAUCUGCAAGGGUGUGAAAAGCACCGGUAAAGCGGCUUACUUUCUGGCUCUAUUUCCAUACAUUGUUAUGAUUAGUCUUUUGAUUAGAGCGGUGACACUGGACGGAGCAGUGGACGGCAUCAUCUUCCUCUUCGAACCUAAGUGGCACAAGAUUCUGGAUCCGGAGGUUUGGUACGCCGCCAUCACUCAAUCAUUCUUCUCCCUCGGGAUAUGCUUUGGUGCGGUGACCAUGUACUCCUCGUAUAAUAAUUUCGAACACAAUGCGUCCAGAGAUUGUACGAUUGUGACGACUUUGGAUCUUUGUACCAGCUUGAUGGCAGGCACGACAAUCUUUGGAAUUCUGGGUAAUCUUGCUCAUGAGAUCGGUAGUGAUGACAUCGGCAGCAUCGUUCGCGCCGGAACAGGUCUGGCUUUCGUAUCCUAUCCGGAAGCUUUGGCAAAGUUUACCGUGGUACCGCAGCUUUUCGCCGUACUCUUCUUCUUAAUGCUUUUUGUCUUGGGUAUAGGAACUACCGUUGCCUUCUGCAAUGUUAUCGUCAGUAUUAUUAAGGACCAAUACCCGCAACUUAAGCAAUGGAAGAUUGCUGCUGGCGUCGCGAUCUUUGGUUUCUCAAUCGGCAUUGUUUAUUGCACGCCUGGUGGUCAGUACAUUCUUAACCUGGUAGAUUAUUUCGGAGGCACUUUCAUUAUCGUAUUUUUAGCGUCCUUCGAAGUGAUUGCUAUUUCCUGGGUAUACGGCGUCGACAAUUUUAUGGAUGACAUCGAAUUUAUGAUAGGAAGACGGCCAUCCUUUUAUUGGAGAUACUGUUGGUGUUAUUUGACCCCGCUAUUGCUAUUCAUCAUUUUGAUUUAUUUUCUGAUUAAUAUAACGCCGCUCACGUACAACGAUGAAUAUUAUCCAACAUCCGCAUAUGCUGCAGGUUGGAUUCUUUUGGCUUUAGGACUUUUCCCGUUGCCUUUGGGAAUGAUUCUUGUUGGAAUUCGAAAUAAAAAUAAGACAUGGCUGAAUAUGAUUGAGCCGAAUGCCAAUUGGGGUCCGAAGGAUCAGAAAAAAUACAACGAAUGGAAAGACUUCAAACAAUCGAAAAAGAUAUCGCGAACAUGCGCAAAAAAAUCAAAAGUUAUAGCAAUGCUGUUUGGCAAUUAUUGACAAUUACAAUUGUAAUCAAGCAGUAUUAAAAUCAUUAUAUUUAUUAA